AUGGGUGACUGGAGCUUUCUGGGGCGGCUGCUGGAGAACGCUCAAGAACACUCCACCGUGAUUGGCAAGGUGUGGCUGACAGUCCUCUUCAUCUUCCGUAUCCUGGUCCUGGGGGCGGCUGCGGAGGAAGUGUGGGGUGACGAGCAGUCUGACUUCACCUGCAACACACAGCAGCCUGGUUGCGAGAACGUGUGCUACGACGAAGCCUUCCCCAUCUCGCACAUCCGCUUCUGGGUGCUGCAGAUUAUCUUCGUGUCCACGCCCACCUUGAUCUACCUGGGACACGUGCUGCACAUUGUCCGCAUGGAGGAGAAACGCCGGGAGAAGGAGGAGGAGCAGCGGAAGGCCAGCAGGCACCAGGAGGAGAGAGACCCUCUGUACAGGAACGGAGGAGGAGGAGGGAAAAAGGAGAAGCCCCCAAUCAGAGACGAGCAUGGUAAAAUCCGCAUCCGGGGAGCUCUUCUGCGCACGUACGUGUUCAACAUCAUCUUCAAGACCCUGUUCGAAGUGGGCUUCAUCCUGGGUCAGUACUUCCUGUAUGGCUUCCAGCUCAGCCCCCUGUAUAAGUGUGGUCGCUGGCCCUGCCCCAACACGGUUGACUGCUUCAUCUCACGCCCCACAGAGAAGACCAUCUUCAUCAUCUUCAUGCUGGUGGUAGCCUGCGUCUCCCUGCUGCUCAACCUGCUGGAGAUAUACCACCUGGGAUGGAAGAAGGUGAAGCAGGGGGUCAGCAACGAGUUUGCGCCCGACCGAAUGGCGCUCCCCCUGGCCAGAGACGAGGCGGUGGAGUCCAAUAUGAUCCAGGAGGGGAUCGCCCACCCGGCCCUCAACUGCCUGCCCACGUACGGUGGCGUGAACGUGGUGUACCUGCCCAACGAGCAGGCAAACGCCACGGCCGCUUUAUCCGAGCAGCAGGCAGCGGCAGCGGAACUCAAGAUGGACCCUUUCCAUGAAGACUUCCUGUUGGAGGCUCUUCCCACAUCCUUCUACGGCAGCGAGGGCAGUGGCCAGCAGCAGUCCGUGGAGCAGAACUGGGCCAACAUGGCCAUGGAGCUGCAGACUCUGGACGCUGAGCAGUCACCCCCUCCACCGGACACUGCCCCUCCUAUCCCUGACUCCCGCUCCUCCACCCUCCCCCUGGGAGAAUCGAGAAGGAGUGAGGAGCACCAGCAGCAGGAAGAAGAGGAAGCGGAGGCGGCGCUGCCACUGAUGCACGUUGAUGAUGUCACGGUGACCCGGGUGGAGAUGCACGAGCCGCCCGUUUUCAUAGCGGCGGACGCCCGCAGGCUGAGCAUGGCCAGCAAGACCAGCAGUGUCCGAGCCCGGCCCGACGACCUUGCCGUGUAA